CUGUCCCAAAAUCGCUGGAGCCACGUCGUGGAAGCAAUGUGUACGUAUCCCCUGCUGGUGCUCCUGGGGCACCAUCCAGUCAUGCACCAGCGGGUGGUUAUGCUCCACCUCCUGGGCCGCCUCCUCAAGGAGGAUCGGGCCGAGGUGCUGCGAGUGAUUAUUACAAUGGGCCUUCGCCAGGUCAAUCAGCACAGUCAUACUCGCACACCCCAGAUAACGCAGCCGCUUAUGGCGAUUCCCCUAACCCACCUCGCUACCAAGUCAAAGCCCUCGGGCGGGCUCGACGAAGAGAAUUACAAGUCUAAUUUCUCUGCUCACGCUCACGCUUAUGGUUCCGGCCAUGAUGACAAGCCGAUGGCGAAUGAUGCUACAGGCGCAGCUGCCGCUGUCGAGGCGCGGAAGAUCGCAGCUGCAAAUAACCAGUCGGGCGACAGGCCGCAGAAAGGAGGUAGACCACAGGGUGGAUUCCAUCCCGACGCGGACGCUCCACAUGCGAGACCAUCUGCCGGCCUUUCUUCUGGUGCGCAGCAUCCAUCAGCUUCGCCAUCUUCGCAGGCAAGCUUUUCGACAAGAGGCAGUCAAGGAAAGUCGCAAGCUAUGCAAUCAGCUUCGGCGACUGCGAUGCGCUCGAUGGGAGAGUACAAGUCGACGGGUAAAGUAAACAUGGAGCCAGGGGAGAUGCAGAAGCUUAUGGGGCUGGCGAUGUCGCUAUUCUGAAGUGAAAAGGUAACAUUGAUGCGGCACAGAAUUUGUAAUUGAUCUUGCGGUCAUGUAUUUACAAUUCGAAGACAUUUGGUACGGUCUCUACGCGGUUUUUAAGCAUCUGAAUAUGCACGACGAGCUUCAUGUUUUACA